GUCAAUUGAGGUGGUCCAAGGGGGGACAAACACCACUACAAGUGAUCCAGCAUGCUCCAAGGAGGAGUGGUCAGACAGGAACAUUGACAUAGGAGAGUCAGAGAAAGAUAGUCGAUUGAGGUGGUCCAAGGGGGGACAAACACCGCUUCAAGUGAUCCAGCAUGCUCUGAGGAGGAGUGGUCAGAUGGGAACAUUGGGUGUCCAAGUCAAUGUGGACAGGGGCUUCAGUUCUGGAUCAAUGUUCAUUGGUGUUUGUUUGUGUUUGUUGCUGUUUGUUGGUGUUCGAUGGGGUUCGUGCUGCUGUAUGGACCUGUGGAUCUCCAAAGGGGGACAAACACCACUUCAAGGGGUCCAGUGUGCCAUGAUGGGGAGUGGUCAGACAGGAUCAUUGACCCUAGGAGAGUCAGGGAAUAAUGGGUGUCCAAGUCAAUGUGGACAGGGGCUUUGGUGCUUGAUCAAUGUUCAUUGGUGUUUGUUGCUGUUUGUUGGUGUUCAUUGGUGUUCAAUGGGGUUCAUCCUGCUGUAUGGACCUGUGGAUGUCCAAAUUAGGUUGAUUGAGGUGGUCCGAGGGGGGAUGAACACUGCUUCAAGCAAUCCAGCAUGCUCUGAGGAGGAGUGGUCAGAUGGGAACAUUGGUGAGUCAGGCAAAGAUGGUGUCCCUGUCAAUGUGGACAGGGGCUUUGGUUCUGGAUCAAUGUUCAUUGGUGUUUGGGGGACAAACACCACUUGCAUGGGUCUUGUAGUACCAUGUCCUGGUCUGUCCACCAUGACAAACACUGAUGAACAUGGGCAAACAUUUGUGAACAUCGGUCCAGCAUGGAUGGCCCUGAGUAAACAUACUGGAGCACUUGUUUACUUGUUUGGAAUGCAUUAA